AUGGCGCUCCUCCGCGCAGCGGCCGCCCCGCUCCCUUCCCGCCCCGCCAGCCGCCGCCCUCCCCCGCUCGCUUCUGGCCCCGCGGCCUGGCCCGUGCGCCUCCGAAGACUUGUCCUUGCGGUGCCGCUGUCCCCGGGGCUGGCCAGGGGCACCGAGGCCGCGGGUUCCCCCCAUCGCCCCCACCCGGGCCCUGAUUUACCGUCCAAGAGCCGGCCGCACAUGGGGCCCCGGGAGGAGAAGCGCGCCCGCCCCAGUUCGUCCCCAGCCGGGGGGGACCCCGACUCCGGGAGGGGCCGCGUUCUGCCCGGCCCAGGGCGCUGUUCCCGGCCCGGGAAGUUCAGGGCUGGAGAACCCCCUUCUCGACCCCGUUUCUCCUUUAACAAGAGUAGGGUUUGUAGCCAGCUCUGCUUCUGCCCGCUGCGGGAGACGCCCCGACCCGGGAGGGCCCGAAAGUCCCUUCAGGGAGAGGCCGCACCGGGCCUGCUCACCCAGGGGCUGCCCCUGCAGACUCUCCCAAGGGGCCCAGGGAUAUUCCUCGCGCCGCGAGUGGACGCUUCCAUCCACCCCGUGGGGAGUUGUGGGAAGGGCCUCUGCGCGUGGCUACUCUGAGCACACUGGAAUGAUCAGAUAGUUGCAUAAUUUGAGAAACCACAGCCUGGAGACGGAAUGAUGCAGACUCCUAUCCGAGAGACACCUGCUCUAGUUUCGCUGUGGUUCGUGAGGACGCGUCCUAGGCUGCCCUGAGAAGCCCAUGUCUGCCCUUCCAGGCCUGGGAAGACCUCUGACCCCACUGACAGUGCUGGGCCCUCAGUCGGGCCUGCCAUGCGUACCACUUUCUGUUCUAAGACCGGGCUGCCCAGCUGUGGCCUGGAGGAAACCUGGCAGGUGUCACCAGAGCUUUGGGGAGGGUGGGGCCCUGUCAGGGAAGCCCAGUGGGAGUCAUGAAGGAGGGAACACGUGUGGAGCCCUUGUAGGGGGAGGGGCAGCCCUGCAGAGAUCUAAGAAAAUUCCAGAAAAAUGAGCAGCAACCUCCAAGGCCAGACAUCGGUGCAGGGGACAAGGGGUCACAGAUGGAGGGGCCUAGGUGAGGCUGCCGGGAAGGGAUGAUGUGGUUGGUGGAGUGCACAGGCAGGGACCUCACUGGACUUUCCUAUCUGCUCUGCAUGGACAGGCAGCCCAGAAGGCAGCAGGGACAUGCCACUCCCUCUUUCCCCAGGGAAGCUGGGGACAGACGGGUCCCAGGCACUCCAUCCUCUGCAGCAAGUCAGGUUGUGAUUUACUGGGCAUUGGUGAAUAAAAUGGAGAGGCUUCUGGGGAGAAAUUCCUGGCUCCCACGUGGACUGGCAGAGCUCAACAGGCAGCCACGUGGCUGAGUGUCCAGCAAACAUCACAUAAGGCUUUGGGUCCUGUAGGUGAGGCUGCCCUGAGCAGCAAGCUCAGUCCAGAAGAGCAGUUCCUCUCCAGGAUCCAUUUCCUGCGCACUUUUAUGUCCAGUGUAGCUGGAGCAGAGCUCGCUGGAAUUCCACAGGCAACUAAGAACGGAGAGGGAUGCAUGCCAGCCAGGGAUCCAUCGUCUUCCCCAUCAGCACGCCCCAUGGCCUCCGUCUGCACAGUGUCCCUCUGCACAACUUGUCAGUGCGUUAUCACGACUCUUAUUUGGCCCUGGCCCGUCCCACUGUCCUGGCUUGUUCCAAGUGCUUCCUUCUCCAGCUGUGAUUCUGGCUGCAGAGCUGUCUGCUCCCCACGUUGGGCAACUCCAGCCAAGAUUCCUACACCCAAAUGUGACUGUGUUGCUCACAAAGAAGCCUCAGCUUUGUGUGCACCCAGCCGUGUGCACAGCUCGUCCCAACCCCAGUGGGCGCUGCCUGCCUCUCCCACUUCCAGUCCUUGCCAUGAUGAGCAGAUGACCCCCGCCCUCCAGGGUCAGUGUUUGGCUGCUCUUGUGCCUGCCCACCUGCCUCCCUGUGCCUGGGCCUGUCAUGUGCCUGCACACAGGAGGGUCUCGUGGCGUUUGCCCUACACGGAUGGGCUGUCCUAGGAGCCGCUGGAGAGUCACCUUGGUGGGGAUGCCAGAAGCCUGGGCACUAGGUUCCCCCCGGCCAGCCUUCAUUCCCACACGGGGUAUUUUUGUCCAUCACGUGGGACAACCUAGGAUUGGGGGAAAAUUCAGUACACUCUGAAGAAGCAUCGGCAUUUUGGAUGGAUGAAUGCUGCUUCAUGCAACUCCAGGUCAAUGGACUAUAUUAUUCAACUCGGGUAUUUAUGAGUGCUCCUGUGUACCAGCCACGUGUGAAAGAAAAACUCCAAGUUACCUGACACCAGGACAAACCAGGUAGAUCACUGCGUCUGGUUCCUCCUCUUUCUGCUAACUCUCCUGGACCACCGUUCUGAUUUCUGGCAGAGUCGGGGGCGAGCUCAUCAGUACCCAGAGCGUCUGGUGUGCAGCCAAAGGCCCCCAUUUUAUCAGUCGGUGUGUUCAGUAUCACACUCAGGACAAGGGCCACCCUAUUACUUCACAUACCUCAAAUACAAAAAGUGCCUGGGAACGUUGAUGAGGUGUUAAAGGAAACCACUGGUGUUGUCAGUCAUGUACACACAGAAAAAAAACAGUCAUUUUUUUUUAUUUAUUUUGAGACAAGAGUUUCGCUCGUUGCCCAAGCUGGAGUGCAAUAGUGCAAUCUCAGCUCACUACAACCUCAGCCUCCUGGGUGCAAGUGAUUCUCCUAUCUCAGCCUCCCGAGUAGCUGGAAUUGGAGAACACCCAUCACCACGCCCAGCUAAUUUUAUGUAUUUUUAGCAGAGAUGGGGUUUCACUGUGUUGGUCAGGCUGCUCUCGAACUCCUGACCCUCAGGUGAUCCACCUGCCUCAGCCUCCCAAAGUGCUGAGAUUACAGGCGUGAGCCACUACAGGCGUGAGCCACUGCGCCCGGCCAAAAACAACCAAGAAAUUUUUAACAAUAAAAUGACCAACAAGUAAACUUGAAACAAAAAUGGACAAAUAUCUAAAAUAUUUUAAAAUGUAUGUAUUUUAAUUGGCAAAUAAUAAUUGUAUAUAUUUAUUGUUUACAACUUGUUUUAAAAUAUGUAUACAUUGUGGAAUGGCUAAAUCAAGUUAAUUAACAUGCACUAACUCACACACUCGUCGUUUUUUGGUGUGGUGAGAACACUUAAAAUCUACUCUCAGCAAUUUUCCAGCACACGAUAUAUUGUUACUAACUAUAGUCAUCAUGUCCUACUAUAGAUCCCUAGAACAUAUUCCUCCAAUGUAACUGAAAUGUAUCCCUUGACCAACAUCACUGCCCAGCCCCAGUGCCAGAUACACACCAUUCUACCCUCUG